GCUUGCUCCUUUUUGCCAAUGGACAACUCAGCAUUUGAAAUGCAUGGAGAUGCAACACAGAAUGUUUUGUCUGUGGGGAAGAUGGACACCAUCUCCAGAAUGGAAAAGAAGAGGCAGUGGUCAUUGAUGAGUGUUUUCCUGGUGUGUCUCCUGGCCUGCACCAUUACCACUGCAGUAGGAGUACUGAUUCUCUCCUUGGUUUAUGUUAACAACUCUCAGCCCCAUUCAGAAGUUCAUUUAGUACCCGAAGCCCAGCCUCUGCGAGCAACGACGAUUCCCAUUGUUCAAAAGGCUGUUGAUCCAAAAUUCCAGUUUCUUAAUCAUUUACCUAAAUCCAAGGUGUUUGAGUUCCCUGGUGGUGCCAUCCAGUGGGCCCGGUACAGGAGCAAUGUCAAAGACUAUCUCAGCGUUGAAGAAGAGGCCUUUGGCAGCAGCUUGAACAGUCAGAGAUCACAGAUGACUCUGGGGACCCUGAGAAUAAAAAGCAAUGGCCUCCGGGCCCCUCAUUGGCACUUCAAUGCUAAUGAACACGGCUAUCUCGUACAGGGCACAGCGUGGAUUGGGGUGGUUGACGAUGGUGGUGUGGUUACCACGUACAAUGUUACAGCUGGCCAGGUGAUCUUCUUCCCUAAAAAUACACUGCACUGGAUAAAGAAUGUGGGCAAUGAAGACUGCUUUUUCUUACUCUUCUUUUCCACACACGAUGAACUUCAGACCCUGGAUGUUGAUGAUGUAUUUUUUUCUACACCUGAGGACAUUGCUGCCAGGUCACUUAAGCCUGAAGGUGGAAUUAAUUUCAUUAGAACGUUCCAUAAGCAAGAAGAGGAUCAGGGGGUCAACCUUCCUCCCAACCUGGCAGAACUGGUUAUGAAUGCUAGUUAUGCACAGUCUCCAGACAGCCUUGUGUGGAGAUACUUUUAUGACCUUAAAGGUUCAAAAGAAUAUCGAUUUCCAGGAGGAAUAAUACAACGGGCACAAUAUUGGAAAAAUGGAAGUGAACUAAGCAACAAUGAAAAAAUUUUUAGUGAAUUCCUGAAUCAGCAUCAAAAUGCCCUCGCUUUGAGUACACUCAGAAUUUAUAACAAUGGAUUACGACAGCCACACUUUCAUUUUAAUGCAAACGAAAUGGGAUAUGUAAUAAGUGGAUGUGCAAAGGUGGGCAUUAUUAAUACUCAGGGUACCAUAGAGUUUGACAUUCACAUUGGAGAUGUGAUAUUUUUCCCCAUUGGGACCCAGCAUUACAUUAAGAGCAUGUGCGAUGAGGAUUUGCUUUUCAUUCUUGCCUUCAGCACUGGAGACCAGCUGCAAACCCUUGACAUGGACGAUUAUCUGCAAGCCACAGCAGACCACAUCCUGGCCCAGCUUUUCUUCAAGAAGCAAAGUGAGUUUAAGAAGAUCCCCAAAUUCAAGGAGGACCAGGCAAUCAACCUGCCUUAGAUUUGCUGAUGAGUUCAUAUCUAUUCUUCCUUCCUCAUUUGUUACCGUUUUUAAAGGAGGACCACUUGGCUAAUG